CAAGAGUGACAUUAUGAUAUACAAUUAACUAAUUAAAGAAAUAAUUAUUAAAUAUGUGUAAUUACGUUAUCAAUUGAACAAAUAAAUCAAUAUAAUAAUAAAACAAACAUCAUGGACUUCGAAAGUCCAGAUGUAGAAAAAGAUUUUCCAGGCUUAUACGCAUCAGAAACUGGACGUAAAAGUAAUGAAAGUGACUUCAGUGAUGGUGGUGAACAUGAAAAACCUAGCAAAAAGGAUUUACUAGGCCGUCGUAAAGAUAAAAAAGAGUCAAAAAAAGAUAGAGGCUAUGCAGCUCUGGGAGGUGAAAGCUCACCUGAAGAAGAUACAGAUACAAAAAGUCCUUCAAAAACAAAGAAGACAAAGUCAUUUAAAUUCCCAACAAAGAGUAAAGAAAAACGUGAGAAAUCCAGAGACAAGGAGAAGGUCUUAGACGAUGUGGCCAAACAAAAAGAACUGAGUGAAAAAGAGAAAAAGAAGGAAAAGGAAAGGGAAAAAGAAAGGGAAAGGGAGAAGAAAGAAAAAGAAAAGAGAGAAAAAUUAAGAGAGAAGGAUAAGGAAAAAGAAGAAAAGGCGAAAUUCAAACUCGAAUCGAAAGAGAAAUUAAAAGAUGACAAGAAGGAUAAAGUAAAAGAUAAAGAUAAGGAGAAGGUAAAAGAGAAAGACAAGGAGAAGUUUAAAGAAAAAGAUAAAGAUAAAAAAGAUAAAAAGCUAACGAAGGUGCCGUCCACGGUGACGUCGGGUGUGCCUUUCGAAGAAAUAUUUACAUUGGGUGUCGCGUUGCCAAUAUUCGGAGUACCUCUGCAGCAGUCGGUCGAGCGAUCGCGAUGCCACGACGACACUGGACUGCCGCUCGUUAUUCGCGACAGUAUCGACUUUUUACAGGCACAUGGCUUAAAGUCGAAUCAGAUAUAUCGGACUGAGCCAGACAAGAUAAAACUCCAGCAGCUACGCAAACUUUUCACGGACAGAGGGCCAACGUUCCCGUAUCACUGGGAUGUGCCGGUGGCUUGCGCGAUGCUUAAGAGUUUCAUCAGCGAGUUGCCCGAUUCGAUACUCACACAAGAGCUACACGGUCAGUUCGAGCAGGCCACGGCGAUCGCGGAACCUCAACGAGAAGCUACAAUGAUAACGCUUAUAAGCAAGUUGCCAGCCUGCAAUCACAGCCUACUGGGCUGGCUCAUGCGACACUUCGAGAAUGUUGUCGCCAAUGAACAGACGAAUCACGCGAACAUCCAAACAAUAGCAACGGCAAUGGGUCCAGCUCUAAACAUGUCGCUGAAUUUGCUCACAUACUUCAUCUCUAAAGCGGACAAACUGUUCCCAGAUGUUCGUCUCACCAAAUACGUGCCUCCCCUUUUGUCGAUCCCGGCGGACUUUCCCGAGACUGCGAAUGAGAUAAGUGAGGAGCUCCGCAAGCAAGAGUCGCUUCUGAGUCAGAUACAUGCGGAAAUGCACGCCGGCUUCAUCACCAAUGCGAGGGAUCAGCAACUAUGGGAAGCGCAACGGAUCGUCACACAGUUGAAGAGGAAACUUCGGUCGGUUCAAAAAUCUGUUGAACCGAAUACGGCGCCUAUCCAACAAGUUUCAGUAGACGAGAAACAAGAAGACGAACCAACACGGCGAAACUCACAACCAAGUGAAGUAGUGGUGACAGAAACAGAAAUAAAAACACCACAGACAAUCAGUGAACCAUUCCCAGAAACAAAAGAAUCCCCAAACACAUCCGACCCAACAUUCCCAGUAGAAUUUGAAGAUAAUUUUGAUUUCAAACCGACUGAAAUAAAAGAGACGACGGAAACGGACGUGAUUACGGAACGAGUUAUAGAAAAACCGAAAUUCACAGAGAAGGAAUUAAAAGUGUUAAGAUUGCAAUUGGAGAAUGCCGAGUAUUUGCAACUGAAAUCGCUUCUUCAAGCAAAAAUCAACUCUGAGCAGUUCGAAAUCGUCAAACUUAGGAGUCAUGUUGCCUUGAAAAACAAACAAGAGGGUAUCGUCACGAGUAACAAGGAGAAUAAAGAAAACUACACGCCAGAAGAACAAGAACUGAGACAGAAGUUAAUAAAGGAAAAUGCUCUCUUGGAGCAGAAAAGACUGAAUCUUGUCAACCAGAUAUUCCAAGAGAGGGUUGCCUGUAUACAGCUAAAAAUUGAAUUAGCGAUGAAAGAAAUAAUGUCUAAAUCAUAAAUUAUAAUUUAUAAUUAUUUAUUCUAGAAUAAGAGUAGUUAUAUCAAUUAGAAAACGUUUUUGUCUAUUCCAAAACUGUAACUUAGAUCUUAUAUGACAUAUAAGCGCACUGAUAUAAUAAAUAUGUUAUAACAUA